GAAGAGAUAAAUGAUGUUGAUAUAUAUAAUAAGAAUAAGUUUUAGGAAUAUGUUAAGGGUGAUCAAACCGAAGGAUAUCAAUAACAGGAAAAUAAGUUUUAGAGCAUAUUUAGAGCCUUUUUGAAGAAGGGAGAGUAAACAGGAUUGAAUUUUGACUCUAUGGGUGGGAAUUAAAGAUGUUGACCUGAUGAUUUCAAGCUUUGAGAAAGAGUCUCCUAAAAAGAUAAUAUCUUCAAAACUUGCUUUACCAAACAGAAGCGAAUCUUCGAUUUCCAGUGAUGAAGACUGACUAAUUUCGCCUUGUGCAAGAGGCUAUGUCCAAUAUGGUGAGAGCAGGAACAUCUACAUUGUAGAGAACACUAAUAAAAGGGUAAACUGGACCAAUGCAGAUAUUAUCCCAGAUCAUGAUACAAUAGCCGAAUUGGUCAAAGAGAAAUUGCAUAUCAAGGAAGAAUUUGUCCUAUAUGACAAAUAAUGGAUGUGAAAUUUUCAAGGAUGAUUACAACCAUCUUAGACACAACGAGUGCAUCUACGUCUGCCCUAUUUCAAAAGAUUUUAACUACUUUUGCCUUCUGGAUAUGUACACAAAAUCAUGCAAACUCGGUUCAGGAGGAUUUGGUAAUGUCUAUAAGCUAAAACACAAACUUAAUAAAGAGAUUGUGGCUGCCAAAUUCGUCCGUGUGUCUGAAUACCUUCAUAAAGCUGACACUAUCCAGCAAAUUCUGAAGGAAGCCCAGUACUUGAUGACUCUAGAUCACGAGAACAUCCUUAAGCUCCAGACUGCCUUCCUGAUAAACCAGGAGAUCGCUAUUAUUACUGAAUAUAUCCCUGGUGGGGAGCUGGGGAAGUACCUUGAGAAGCAAGAUGAACCUAUGACUGAAAUCCAAGCAUGCGCAGUCAUGCAUGAACUAGUCAAGGCAAUGGUUUACGUACAUUCCAAGAAAAUUUUACACAGAGAUCUCAAGCUUGAGAACAUUCUUCUCCAAGAUCCUAAGAACCCUUGCUCAGUGAAGAUUAUUGAUUUCGGAUUGGCUUCAUUAUGCAGUAAUAAUGAAUACGGGAUGUCGGGUACUCUCUUGUACUCCCCUCCUGAACUUCUGAGUGGUAAGAGUAAAAAGUCUAGCAACAAGGCUGACGUCUGGUCGCUUGGAAUAAUCCUAUACAUACUUCUCACCAAGAAGUUCCCGUUUGAAGGGACUACCGAUGCAAAAACCAAACACUGAAUCUGUAAUCAGAAGCUUAAAUUCCCGAAGGAUCUCAAGAUCUCUAGUGAGCUGGAGGAUUUGAUAAUAAAUAUGCUUGAAAAGGACCCAAGAAAGAGGUUCAAUAUAAACCAAGUGGGCCUCCACUCGUGGCUUGAAAUGAACAAGGAGAAAAUUAAGAAAAGAAAUCUGUUUAAGCCAAAGAAUAACUUCCUCAAGCCUAAAGGCUUGAUGCCAACCGGAGAAUUACAAUCAGGAGUCAGUAAGAAUUUGGGACACCUUAUGUCUCCAUUGGAUCCAUAUAAGAGAUCCUCAAGAGCUUCUCGUAAGAGAUUAGUAAAAGAGACAAAGCCUGGUAUAAGUAAAACAGGUUUUAAACUAAUGUGCUCUCCAGCCAGUAAGAACUUGAAUCCAGUCUCACCGAAGAAUAAGAAUGCUGACAUUUUGAAGAACGUAGAUAUCAAAGUACCCUUUUCUGACGCAAAGAUGGACCGCCAAAAUGGAAUCCAGAUAAUGCUGAGUAGCCUCAGUUCAAUAAAGCAUUCUAAAAAGAAAAAUACUAAAAAAAAAUAGAGCAAAAAGAAGGGAUUUCAGUAAUAAAAGGACAAGGAAACAUGGAUCAGAACAACGAGCAAAUCGGCCGAAGCCUGCAAAGAAGGAGUUAUAUACAGAAGCCAAGAUUAGAAACCUUCUUGUUGCCGAGCAGCUUCCAACAACAAUUUAUUACCAGACUUGGCUGAAGCAGUACAUUCAGCGCCACCACGAAGAGGACCUUAACCUGAACAUAUGUUUUGAAGAGAUGCGACGGAAGAUUUCGAAAUCUAACGAGAGGGCAAUCAUGUUUUCUCCUGAUCAAAGCAGGAUGCGGAAACCGAUGAGUAAUACUAGGAUUACUGAAUUUGUGGAUUCAUUUCAUACAACUAAGAAAAUAGCUCCACAGAUAGUCACUCCUACACCUCCAUACAGGAGAGGAAGCAUGCUGACUAAUUUUAAGCAGUCAAAUUUGUCUCCUCCUGACAUAAUAAGGAAUAGUAGUCCAGCUGAGAGCACAUCCAAUCAGACAAAGCAGGAAGGCAUAGCAAGAAAUAUUCGAAAAGAUAAGAGGUUGUUCAAGAAACUUCGGGAUGUAGACUCAAGUCAUUUGAAAUCUCCUAUGCAACUGGUGAAUAUUACUCCGAAUAAGUCAAGCAUGAAAGGGAACUUAUCUGAGUUUAGAAAUUUACACUUGCUAAAGCGGAAUUUUCUCUCUUCAAAUACUUUAGAAAAAGUAUUGCUUAAAUAAUCCUAGGUUCAACCAAAGUGGGAUCGCUAAUAGUCCAAAUUAUGUGAGAGCCAAUAGACAAAGAUUGCUGAGCAAUACGGCCUGCAAACCUGGUCAAGAUCUUGAGAUCAGUUGUGGCAGAGGUAAUAAGUACCUUCAGAAUGGACUUAAGAAAGAAUCUAAUAUCUUCAAUUUCACUGGGUCCGAGAAAAGCUCAUGGAGGCCCAAUCUCAACUCCCGAAGAGGAUUAAGAGCAGAUGUCUCGAGACGUAGAAAACCAAGCAAAAUAGCCAACCUGAGGAUGUUGGUCAAGCAGAACACUAAAUAUCUAGAUGAUGAGUACCUAAAUGAUAUCAAUGAGCGGAUAGACAGCUAG